UUUGUUUAAUAACAAACAGAUUUAAAGGGAAUUCACUAGGUUCUGGAUCACUUGGACAGCCGCUACAAAAACAUAAUACGACUGCAUCGUGAACAAUGUAUUUACGCCACAAUUCAAUAAUUUUUAUUUUGUCAUGUUUAACUUUUGCGAUGUAUGUUGAAGGAUUUCUUCUCAACCCGGGUCAGACAUCAAGCCCCGGCAUAACGAGUCAAUGCAUUUCAAUGGAUAUGUAUUUAGCGGAAAAGAAAGAAUUAAGAAAUCAGAUUUUUCAGUUUCAGCGCGAAAAUGAACAAACUUUGCAACUUCUGACAACUCAGUUACAACAAAAGCUUACCGUAAUGGACGACAAACUAAAACAAUCUAACAAACCGAACGAUACGAUAGAACUUGCACAUUUGGAGCAGAAAAAUCGGGAUUUGGAAUUGAAUUUGACAAUACUACAGGAAAAGCAUCGAUUGCUACAAAUCAGUUUUGUCCGACAAAAUGAUCAAUUAGACUUAUUGAAAAACACAUCAACAGAAGUCAUAAAAGAACUGUCCGAGAUUAAGCAAUUGAAAAUUGUCAACCAAACGUUAGAUUUGCGUGUUGUGCAAAGUAAAAUUCAGUCACUUGAACAAAAAACUGCCUUGUUGACAAACAACCAGAACGCUAGAAGCCAGGACUUUCUUGCAUUGUAUAAUGUGACCCGUGUUACUGACGCGAAUGUACAAAACUUAGGAGGAUAUAUUCUAAAGCAAGAAGUAAAACAAUUAACAACAGAAUCACAUAUCAAUGUUCUAAAUAAUCAAUUCCUUGAUAUUGAAGCUCAGCAAAAUACAACUUUUGAAGAAAUCAUGGCAAAAAUUAAUACGAUCGAAAGCCAAGUUUCAAACAACAGCAAACAAGGUUACAAUGAAAUGCUAAAGAAAGGAGAGACGAUUGCUUUUUCAGCUUACCGGACAAGUCCACAAAGUUUGUCGGAUGGAACAAAGGUUUUAUUCAAUCAAGUAUGGACCAAUGUAGGAAAUGGAUAUCAAGCAAGUACUGGCAUAUUUACAGCUCCCCGUGAAGGUCUUUAUCACUUUACUGCGGUACUAAUGUCAACGAAUGGAGGUUCAUUAUUUUCGAAAAUUUACCACAAUAAGACGCCGACAGCAGGCAAUUAUAUUACUGGAAGCGGUUAUAAGACUGGGACAUUUGAUGUUGUAUUUAGUCUACAGAGAGGAGACGAAGUAUACAUUGCAGGAGGUGGUGGAUACACUAUACAUAGUGACAUUGGUAAAUUCAUAACAUUUUCUGGACAUAGCAUUUUCUAGAUAAUAAAUACAGUCAUCCUUUCAUCAGAAGAGUUAUGGAUUUAUUCAUAUUAGGACACAGUUCAUUAACAUGCACGUUCUUUCUGACUUUAUAGAACAUGCAAAAUAACUAGUCAAUAAAUAAUUGAGACUUGA